AUGGAGAAUAGAGAACAAUUAAUGUUGUUAGUUGAAAAAGUUAUUGGAAUGGUAGCUGAAGUCAUGAAAUGCUUGAAGGUGGUGCAAGGUGAACGAUGUUGUCUUAGGCCUCGGCUGUGCUAUCAUGAAUAUUGGGAACAUGAUGUAGAUAUACCUAAAAGUAAAAAGAAGGAUUUAAGGUUUGUAAAAACAAUAGACGCGGCUGAUAAAAAGUAUCUGAAGGUUGAGUUUGAAUGUGACAUUGGUCAAUUUGUUGUUAGGAGGAAGUCUAUAAAAAAGAAGAUUGUUGAAAGGUUUUCCCAAGAUCUUGACCAUCUGAUAAAGCUCGUUGAUUUAAAAGCGACGUUCCUGUUGGAACAAGUAAUUCGAUGGUUCCCUGGUAUAAAAAUGAACGUGCUGAAUGUUCUUACGCCUAACUGUAGUAAAAGAGAAAUGUUUCAUGUCACUGCAAAGUUAAGUAUAGCAUGUGGAAUACACACAGAAAAAGGUGUUCUCU